CCCUGCUCGUUCAAAUGGAAUCCGAGUUGCUGUGGUUGCAGCUUCUUGAUUGAUACGAGAACCCGGAUAUUGUCUUCACUGGUCUCAGGUACUGCUUCGAUGUCUUCUUACAAGAUCAAUAGAACAGCGUCUGUUCAUUUGCCUGCUAAAUCUAAAGAGAUGUGGAGCCUAACACCACCACACAGGUUGGGAGUCGUUAUUGUCAGCAUCUCGGUUCUGAUUUCUGUCGUGAUAUUUGUCCUCGUUGUAUACCUUUGUGUUGUUCUCUGCCGCCGCCAAAGAAUCGGCAUCUCGGAGCAGGAGGAAGCCGAGACGAGCAACUCGGACUUGUUCUCGAUCUGGAACUACGACGGGAGGGCCGUUUUCUGCGACAUCAUCGACGCGACGGAGGACUUCGACGACGCCUACUGCGUCGGAAUUGGUGGAUGUGGCAGCGUGUACGAGGCAGAACUUCCGACCGGUCAGGUGGUGGCCGUGAAGAAGUUCCACCUCGCCGACAACGGGGGGCUGCUCAACGAGAAGGGCUUCGGGAACGAGAUCCGGGCGCUGACGGAGAUCCGCCAUCGCAACGUCGUGAAGCUCUACGGCUUCUGUAACCACUCGCGGUGGAUGUUCCUGGUGUACGAGUACAUGGAGAGGGGGAGCUUGGCGUGCAUGCUGGAGGAGGACGAGAGAGCCGCGGAGCUGAACUGGGAGAGGAGGGUGACGUGCGUGAGGGACGUGGCCGACGCGCUCAGCUACAUGCACCAUGACUGCAACCCCUGCGUGGUGCACCGCGACGUGUCCAGCAAGAACAUCCUGUUCGAUUCAGAGUUCAAGGCCUGCGUCUCCGACUUCGACACUGCGAAGCUCAUGCAGCUUGAUUCAUCGAACUGGUCCACGCUUGCAGGCACCAUGGGAUACGUCGCCCCAGAGCUUGCUUACACGAUGAAGGUAACGGAGAAGUGCGAUGUGUAUAGCUUUGGGGUGGUGGCGCUGGAGGUGAUGAUGGGAAGACACCCCGGGGAGCUCAUUCUAUCGCUGUCUUCGCCUUGCGGACAACUCACACUCCUCAAAGAUGUGUUGGAUCGGCGUCUUCCGUGCCCCACGGAUCGCGUCAUGGAGGAGAUAACCACAGCCACGAUGAUCGCGUUGACAUGCGUGCGAACUGAUCCCAGGUCACGACCGGACAUGCGGUGGAUAUCCAACGAGUUGUCCAAGGAGAAGCCCGAUGCUGCGUAUCAUCAGCCCAUGCACACCAUCAGGUUGUGCCAGUUGAUGAGUCUUGAACUAUGAAGGAGGCAUGAUGGGGCUGAUGAUGAUACGAUCGAAUGGAAGCGGAUGCAUGUCACUGGCACCGGGAAUCCAAAAAGAGCAGAGACUAUUAUCUCAUGCAGUGCCAAUAGAGGGCAGUAUCAGAUACAGUACUUUCUCUUGAUCAGAUUUCUACUGGCAAAUACCGCCGUUGGAAAGGAUCGUUCAAGAUUCCAAGAGAAACAUGGAUUCUAAACCUUCGUGUUGUAAUAAUCAAAUUAGAUUGUAUGACUAUGAAUCUUCUGAUCCUGAGUAUUCGAGUUGUCAAAAAGAAUAUUAUCUACGUUUUUUUUAGAAAACAA